AUGUUUUUUUUACCGACAUUUAUGGGGGUGUCGUGUGUUUUAACUAAUGAUGACACUUUGAAGAAGCAAUUAUGUUUUGGAGAAUCAUUAAUAAUAAGCUGUGGGCACGUCGAUGGCAAUUUAGAUGAAAUUUUUUCUGAUUCUCAGUGUUCUACUCUCGAUUCUUCUCACACUGAAGAACAUGAAAACGUUGAGCUCAACGAAACUCUUGACGUGAAGACGGUGAAAAAGCAAAUCGACGAAAAUAUUACAGAAGAAAAUGUUGACGACGAUGAUAACUUUUAUUUUUAUUUUUUCCCAGAUUGUGCAAAGCCUAUUCAGCCCGAAAGUAGUAAUAAUAGUCUUAUUAUUAAAGAUGGUAUGCCUAAAAUUAACCCCACAAAACAAAAUACUAAGUACUGCACUUGUGAGGUUGAUAAAAACGGUCAAUGUAAAUGUUUUCUCAAAAUCCCAUGCUUAUGUGGCCCUAAAGAAAUUAGGGAAUGUACGUGCUCUAAGCUAGAUGGUGUAUGCAUAUGCAAUGACAGUGAACCAGCACCAGUAUGUACUUGUAAUGAGGCUGAAGUAUGUAUGUGUGAUCCAGAUGGCAAACCUCGUGUGGUUUGUUCUUGUGAUAAGAUGAGUGAAACUUGUAUCUGUCAUGUGGAUAAAGGUUUAGACCCUAAUUGUAAUUGUAAACAGAAAAUAAAGAGUGAUUUAACAUCAGAGAUCCAUCAAGAAUUUGAAAGUGGGCGCCUCAACGAACUAGAAAAUUCCGGUGUGGAGAAAGCAAAACUAGAUUAUACUCGCAUACCAUGUGAAUGCGAAAAGUCAGAAAAACAAGUUGUAUGUCAAUGUCUUAAAGGUAAAACUUGUACGUGCAAGCAAGAUGUAUGCGUAUGUAAACAAGAAAAUAUAACAUGUGCGUGUGAAGCAAUUAACGGAGAAGUUGUACGUGAUAACAUCAAUCCUAAAUCUCCUUGUAACUGUCUGAAUACUGAAGAGUGUACAUGCAGUUCUAAUUUAGAAAUAAUUUGUCAGUGUUUUCCUACAAAUAAAGUUUGUUGUUGUAAAAAUCCAGAGAAAUGUAAAUGUUUUCAGACUUGUCAAUGUACUGAUCCUUGUAUAUGUGAUAAUGAAGUUGACAACCAUAAUGAAUGUACUUGUUACACGGAAUCUACCGAAAUAAAUCAAAAAGGAAAAAGAGUGAAAAAAUUAAAGAAAGUUAGGGCUGGCAAACAUGGUUUUCGGUGGUGUCAUGAUGUUAAUCCACGGCAUACUUACUUUGGUUACGGGUAUGGAAGACAUGACAAAAUAAGUUAUAAAGAAAAAACAAAGGAAAAAAUUGAAAUUUUAAGGAAAAAUAAUGAAACAGUCGUAGAAGUGAGUGAUGUUGAAAAUUUUGAAAUACCAAUUUAUCAGAAAAAGGUUUCAAAACUAUCAAUCGAUUGUUGUAGUGCUGUUGGAGGUUUAACAAUAAAUGUUGAGACUUUAGGAGAGGACAAAGAUAAAUUUCUUGUUCAAGUAGUGUCUCAUUCAUCUAAAGAUGGAGCCAAGACAGGGACUAAAAUUGUAAGCAUCUUAGACUGUAACCUUCAUACAUUGGAAGAAAAUAGAUCUGAAUAUAUUCAGAAGGGAGAUAAGUUUAAAGAGAAGCGAAAUUAUAUGGCAAUUUGUGAAAGCGGUUACUACAAUAAAGUCACUCAUAUAUGUGGGGACCGCCAUUUAAUAAAGCGGUUGUAUCAUACCUUUGAAGAAGCUCAUAACUUUUUGUUGGAAGGAGCUGAUAUCGUACUUAUGCGUUAUGUGGGUCUCACUCGUUAUAAAGGUUGUAUUAAAACAGACACUGUUCUUAUCAAUGGAAUUGUAUGUGAAAGUAUUUUUGCUACUCGAUCAUCGGAAGGUGCUCGUUACGUGUCUGAGAACGGUGAACUCACUGGAAUCAUACGUGAUUAUCUACAAACUGUGCUGUUACUACGUCCAAACGACGUGUUGCAUUUUACAAGACACUACUUUGGCGCUGCACUAUCGGCUCUUGAUUUACCCCACAACGAAUUUUUUGAUUCGCCCGCUAAACAUGUAAGAUAUUUUUACUUUGAAGAAUAG